CGAGGACGCGGUGCUCAACCGGGCGCGAGCCGAAACCCCCCGCGAUUCCGCCCCGAAAUCGUCAAGAUCCACAGACCCCGCUCCCUUCGCCGAUACGAUACACGCUCUCACGCGCGCCACGCCCUUCCUUCAUUAACCCCCGACGCCCUGCCGCUGCUGGCUAGACCGAAGAAUAAUAGGCGCUUCCCUUCCCUUUCCUUUCCUUUCCCCGCCUUGUCCUCUUCUUCCACCUCGGGCGACUGCCUUUGCCCAGACCAGACACCGGCCGAGAUGGAGGGGAGGGUGCUGCGGCGCAGCGUGACGCUGGCGGACCAGCUGGCCACCGUGGGCCCGCCCGCCGCCGCGCCGCCGGGGCAGCCGGGCUCCUGCAACCUCCGCGACCUCCUCAAGCUGCGCGACGAGGACGACGGCCGCCGCGCCGCCGCGGUCACCCUCGCCUCCGCCAUGCAGGCCGACCGCCGGGCCUCCUCCUCGCCGCCCUCCUCCAGCGCCGCCGUCGCUGCCGCCGCCGCGCGGACGCUGCUCGACAUCAUCCGCGACGACCAGCCGGCUCCCCCCGCCUCGCACGCCGUGGUCUCCGCAACGGGCGUCGGCGACCCGUUCGUCCGCCGCGCGGUGUCCCUGCCGGCCCCGGGCCCCGCGUUGACUAGACCCGUGGCCGCGCCGGUGACACCUCCGGAGGCGUCGCCGCCUCAGCCGCCGACGGAUCAGGCGGCGGAGGAAGAGGAGGAGCAGGGGGAGCGGGUGUCCCUCAUGGCGCUGCUGGAGCAGACGGAGAGGCAGUGGAGCGCCGGCGCGACGGCACAGCAGGAGCAGGAGCAGGACCCGGCGGUCGCCGCGUCGGAGCCGUCGUCACAGGACGCGCUGGUGCCGGAGGACGACGCGGAGCUGCCGGAGCCGGGGCGAGGCGCCGGCUGCUGCUGCGUGUGCAUGGCGCGGGCCAAGGGCGCGGCCUUCAUCCCGUGCGGCCACACCUUCUGCCGCGCCUGCGCCCGCGAGCUCCUCGCCGGCCGCGGCCGCUGCCCGCUCUGCAACGCCGCCAUCCUCGACGUCCUCGACAUCUUCUGAGACCGCGCCGCCGGUCUCCCCAUCUGACCGCCUCUCAGCUCGCCGCCGGCCACCUCGCCGGGAAAAGGAGCUACUGCAGCUGAGAUAGGAUCCACACAUAGAUAGAUCCCUCUGGCCUCUGCACAUUUUCUGUAAAACCCGGAAAAAAGGAGAUAACAGCAUGUUCGGCUCGAAAUCACCAUCGUCGAAUGUUGUUACAGCUUGUCAGAGACCACUAUCACUUCUUCUGAAUUGCACAUUUCUACUUCUGUUUCCUCAUUUCAGUUCGCAAUUCCGAUUUCUUGCUCCGUGUUGGUAACCAAUCAAUCAGGGUGGGUGCCCGGGUCUGGGUGGUGGCAGGUUAAACAAGAUUACUUGGGUUUGACUCGA